AAAGUGUGAAAUUAUUACAGUAGUUUGGUGUUUAUUUUCUGCAUCAUAUUUAAAAAGGACCAACUACCUAAUAAUAUUCUUUAUAUGUUUAUAGAGAAAUAUGUAAUUGUCAGCUAGUGAUAGAGAAUAGGAAAUCAUAGUCUUGGUUUAUAUUUAAGUUGUUAAAUAAAACAAAUUACAAUACAUGUCCUCCCAGACUAAUUCCAAUAGAAACAUGAAUUAUUAGUGAAUAUCCUCGUUCUAAUGCUUGAGUAUUACUGAAUAAAUGAAAGUUUACAAUGGCGAACUCUGUGAAUAUAUCUAUUGAGGCUCCAAUCGAAAAUCAGAUCCAAGAAAUCACAUACGAUGGACAAGAAAUUUACCAAGCGCCCCUUUCUAUGUCAGAGAACCUAACUAGGUUGGCUCAGAAAAUAGACUUCUCUAAAAGUGAAGAUGAGUUCUGUAAUAUAAAGAAAGAAGGUGAAAGCAGCUCAGAGGUGAAGUCGGAGGAUGAGAGCAAAGAUCAAGGCUACCAGUCCAGCCAGUGGCCAUGGGAAUCUGUGCGAAACAAAUUGAGGAGUGCUCUCACUGAAGUAUGUGUGCUGGCGGAUGUGCUAAGCAUUGCUAAAGAGAAGAGAUAUAUGGUAUUAGAUCCUGUGCAGCCAGAACAAGCGGAGAACAGGCCCAUGGUACAGGUCUAUGGACGUAAGAAAGCUCUAGCUGCUGCGGCGGCAGUUCUCCUUGCUGGAGUAGACCGCCUGCGGGCCAGUGAAACCAUGAGGACUGCACGGAACAUGCCAGACUUCCACAUAGACCUGCUGAGGUUACGGCAGAACUGGCGAUUGAAGAAGGGAUCCAGUGGCAUAGUGGGCGACUUGAGUUAUAGGACGGCAGGUUCCAAGUUCAGCCAGAUUGGUGUCUUUGAGGUGACCAAAGCGCCGGAGGAGCAGAUAGUGCAGGCGAUGAGCAUGAACUCGUCGCUGCCCGCGCCGUCUGCGCUGCGCGUGACCGUGCCGCCCGAGCUGCAGGGCGUGGCGUUCAUCUCCGUGCUGUGUCAGAAAGAGCAAGAAGACAUAGUGACAGCCAACCUGACUUCCUCCGCUCUGAACUGCCCCGGAGUGUUGCCGGGGGACAACGCUGAACUGCACUGGCAGCAGAAACUGGAAGCGGCGCAAAAUGUGCUGUUCUGCAAAGAAUUGUUCGCGAGAUUAGCAGCAGAAGCGGUACAAUUGGACGCUUCUAUACCGCACAUAGUCGUUGGGAAUCAGAUUAUGGCAACUGUCUUGCCCGGUAUCCAGCUGUUGAUAGGACUAUGUCACAAUAAUGGACAAAACGCUUCUGGUGCCAAUGGCGAUAAUGUGAGGAACGAGAACGGGGUGACGUCGGGCAGCGCGGGCGGCAAGUCGGACCACGACCACGUGCUGGAGCACUCGCUGCAUCAGCUCCUACGAGCCGUGCACCACUCCAACACGCACCACCCGUUCCCGCACCCCGCCACGGGGCCGCUGGGGCCGUCCAAACGGAGAUGUUUAGCGGGUCCAAUGGCGGCGGAUAGAUACGAGCUGUUGGAAAUGAGCAAAGAGCAGUCGCUGUUGGAGCAGAUCAUACAACAAGCGCAGCACUUCUUCAUGCGCCGGCGCAGCGAAUACGUCCUCGACACUAUCGCUAAAGAGGUGAAAGAUCCGCUCAUCGUGUCACAUUGGAACGCGUUGAAUAGUCCAACGCAGUCCUGUGUCAAAAUCAAUAUAAUGGCAUACGGCUACGACGCUGUUUGCCGUACAUCGCUGGUUGUUCACGUCGGCGAGAAAACUCUGAAAUGCAUCUGUCGCGACGGUAAAGUGCGACAUCUGUCUUACGAGCUCCAGGAAUUAAGAGAUCUUAUAUAUUGUCAGAUCUACCAGCACCAGAUGACGGCGGUGCAGGCGGUGGGCCGCUGCAUGGGCUGGCAGCUGCUGGCCAGCAGCGCGCACCUGGGCUCGGGGCCCGUGGAGCCGCUCGCCAACGCCUCCUCCUGCCUGCUCGCCUCGCCCUCAGGUGACAGGAUGAUAGCAAUCAGAUGCGAACCCUCAGUUGGAAUCCAGGUGUUCAUCGCUCAAUCACCAAGAAAAGACUUUUUUGCCAGUGAACUCGUACAAGACAAGAAAUGGGAGAAUCUCGGAGGAGCCUUCAAAGAAAUCAAACUAGACAAGAUGGAAGGAAAGAACUUUUUGAAUAAAAUGGAACUUCUCAUGGCUUGUCUGAGCAGCACAUCAUAAACAACAAUUUAAAUAAUUUAUAACGAAAAGAAAUAAAAAAGA